UUUGAUUCAAACCGUAUCAGUAAACAUGUAGACAUUCCCACCAAAAUUAGAGUUUUCUCACUGCUCAGUGUAGUAGUCAACAAACAGAAAUGCAUAGUUGCGACGAACAAUUUCAUCCCAAAACAACUCAUCAACAUCACCAGAAAAUUUCUCACAGAGAUGAUAAUGAACAUCUUGAUUGAGUGUUUGGUGGUUGAGAAACUCUAAUACGGGAUACGAAAAACCCAACAUUAUAACAGCACUGGUUGCGGUAUGACGAUUUACUCCAACAAAAGUAUGAUUUGAGACUUUGCCCUUUUUGUUGGAGUAAUCAUGAUGGACAAUUGAGGCUGUUAAGAUUACUUACUGAUGAUGCAGUACAGACAUUCAAUUCAAUUGGGUCUUUACCUAAAUCUGAUGGGUUGCUUAGAACCUAUGUGGGCAAAAAAUGGAUUAGUGGUCAUUCUGCUCAAACUUUGAACUCAAGAUGUAUGAAGUUAUGUUUGGUGUAUAGACAACUCAAGUUCGUUGCUCUUGUUGUUUAUUUGGAUACAAAGGGGUUGCAAGACGUGAAGAAUAAGCUCCAUGAAAUAUACAGUGUUUCUUCUAUACUGCAAAACUGAGUAUUUGGUUUUCAUUUUGCUACCUGCCUGAGUUCCUGUAAGGUGUAUGUAUUUGGAAAUGUAAAUCAGGACAUGCCUCUCUGUAUAAGUUGUUUGAUGAUGCAGUUUCACCUUUGGAAGAGAGAAAAUUGGAUCGCUUAUGCUUGCAGACCAAGCAGAGGAAUUGUUGCAGAAGAUCCAAGAGCUUGAAGCUGCAGAUGGCAAGCUUAGACAAGAAAUGUUGGAACUAAUUCUUCGUGGAAGCUUUACAGGCUGCGGAAGCGGUUCUGCAGAUAAAUUGGCUUAUAGUGACCAGAAAUGUCACUCGAGUUCGACUUUGGGACCAAGAUUGGCCAGUUCAAGGAAAAUAGGUGGUAGUGAAGGUUACAGCGGAAUGGCAGGGUAUGCGGCAAGCCCAAAUUCCUUAGGAUUGAGAGAGAUUAGUAGUGCUGAUCCUUUAAACCCCAGAACAGACAGUUUAAAUUUGAUGGAGAAGCAUUCUUUGAAUAUCCUGCAGUCAAUGGGCCAGGCGGUUCAUUUUCAUGAUCACAAUUAUGUGAUUCAUUACUGGAAUUGUGCUGCUGAGCACCUUUAUGGAUAUUCUGCAUCAGAAGCGCUUGGUCGGUGUACCCUUGGCUUCAUUAUUGAGGAACAACACUUUGAGGAAGCACAUGAAAUUGGAAGAAGGAAUGCCAUUGGGCUAUGCUACACUGGGCAGUUUCCUGUCAGGAAUAAACAAGGGAGACGGUUUCAAGUCAUUGUUACCAUUAACCCGUUAUAUGAUGAUAAUGGUGAUUCCAUUGGGGUUGCCUGUGUAUCAUGUGAUUCCCAGCCCUUUCGAAAUUUUGCUCCAACUUUCUCUAGUACAAGUCCUUCACCGGAGGACGCCAAAACUAGUGCCAGUCAGAUGCCUAGAAGUGGUUCCACAACAACCACACCUUGUUUUCACUCUCAGGAGAAACUUCUGCAAGUUGUGGUUAGCUCAAAAAUAUGGAAGCUGGCAUCAAGAAUGACCAAAAUAUUGUUCUCAAAAUUGAUACCCCGUGUGGAAACCGAGAAACAUGAGAUCCUGCAUGGGGAGAGCUCAUAUGUUCACCCUCCAGGUUUCGGACAAACUACUUUUUUGAACCAAUGGGAUGGUACCAUACAGGAAGUAUCCACAUUAAAAUCCCUUGGAGAUUCACAUGACAAGGGUGAAGGUAAGAUUGUCCACGAGAUGAUGACUUGCUUUGCGAAUGAGAUGCCAAAUGUAUGGAAUGGAACCGGGCAACAUAAGUUGGUAACAAGGAUUCCCACCCCCAAUGGUAUCUUGUAUAAUCACCAGAGUAGUACUUGGACUGAAACCCAAAUUGUUCCAUGUAGCCAAUUUGGUGGAACCGAAGCCUCUGGUUCCCCAUUUUCCUCUUUUGGCAUCGCAAGCAAUGUGGACAUUAGUAGUAACAAUUUAUGUUCUCUUCAUAACUUUGAUAUGGAUGCAGACUUUUUGAAUGAUGAUAUCCCUUGGGGAGACUUGACACUUGGUGAACAGAUAGGGCAGGGUUCAUAUGCAACUGUGUAUCGUGGCCUAUGGUGUGGCUUGGAUGUCGCGGUGAAGGUAUUCCUCAAAUUUGAAAAUUUGGAUGGCUUUUUAAGUUGCUUCAGACAAGAGGUAUUACUCAUGAAGAGACUCCGACAUCCGAAUCUGCUACUCUUUAUGGGGGCAGUAACUUCACCUCACCAUCUGUGCAUUGUCACCGAGUACCUCCCACGUGGAAGUCUGUUUCAGUUGCUUCGGUGUAACUUUGUUACGUUGGAUUGGAGGAAGCGUGUUAACAUGGCUUUAGACGUCGCUCGAGGUAUGAACUAUCUUCAUCAUUGUAACCCUCCAAUUGUUCAUCGUGAUUUGAAGUCCUCAAAUCUGCUGGUUGACAAUAACUGGACUGUGAAGGUUGGUGAUUUUGGUCUCUCGCGGCUCAAACAUGCAACCUUUCUUAUAACAAAGAAGGGGAUGGGGACGCCACAAUGGAUGGCUCCAGAGGUUAUGCGUAAUGAGCCAGUGAAUGAGAAGUCUGAUGUAUAUAGCUUUGGAGUUGUUUUGUGGGAGCUUGCCACACUGAAAAUCCCUUGGUAUGACCUUACACCCAUGCAGGUGAUUGCAGCUGUAGGAUACAUGGAACGACAUAUUGAGAUUCCAGAAGACAUGAACCCACAAUGGGCUUCUUUAAUUGCGAGUUGCUGGCAAAGCGAACCUGAACGGCGACCAACGUUCGAAACACUGCUUGAAGAGUUGGAGGUCCUACAGAGUGCAGAGACACUUUCAUUCAAAGCCUAGUGAUUCCCUCUGAUUUGUCCACGUGAAAGAUGCUGUCUAUAUCUUGGUCCAGGACAAACCUGUUUCGGUUACACCAACUUUUACUUGUAAUAUUGUGUCUGAGCAUUGACCUUUCUUAUGAAGAAGACAAACUGAUAUUAGCGUCCAAAAUACCUAAUUAGGUUAAACCUCGUAAAUUGAGUUUGGGAUGGCUUUCAAAAACGGUGAAAAUAGGGAUAUGAAUAACUUAAAUGUGAGGACAGAAUUUGUAAUCAACAAGACGAAGUCAGAAGAGGAAAGAUAAUAUGCGAGUUUUGAGUCCAGCUGGGCAUUUCUUAAUGGCCUCUCAGUCAGGGCAUUAUGUAUGUUAAACUAGCAAUUAUAAGUGUACAAAACUGCAGUAUGUGAAGGAAGAUUAGGAAGCCAAGGUGUUACUGGAUUCUAGCAAGAACAAUACAAUAAUUUCUCUUGCUUCUUUUU